AUGCCAGCGACACCGGAGGUGCUGUGUUAUGCCUUGCACGUACCUACAGUGCAGUAUGUGCAUCUCGCUCCGCUCAUUGUGGCCUAUAUAACAUCCACUGAACUCAGCAAAUCCAACACCACACAUCACACCACCUCUUUUCCAUCAAGAAAACUUCCAAACUCCAUCCUCAACCCUACUGAUACCCUCCCCAUCAACCAAAAAAUGACCAAAACCACCCCCACCCUGCCCCCUCACCUCCAGGACCUUCUCACCCACGUCCGCACGCACUCCCCCUACUACCGCACCCUCUACGCCUCGCUGCCCGCGACCCCCGCAAUCCCCACCCUCGCCACCCUCCCUCUCACCGACCCAACCGCCUACUGGACCACGUCCAGCACCUCCGCGGCCUCCAUCCUGACCGCCCCGCUCACCGACGCCCUGGUGAUGCGCAGCGGCGGCUCGACCUCCACCCCGAAAACGGUGUACAUGACGCGGGCCGAGUUCCACGCCACCGCCCGCAUCGCCGGGGCGCUCUUCCCCUCCAGCUGCGCCAUCCAGCCCGGCGACCGCAUCGCCAACCUCUCCUCGCAGGGCGGCCUGUACUCCGGGUUCAUGACGUACGGGUACACGGUGAUGAACAGCGCGGUGCCGGUCGUGAACCUGCCGAUCAGCGGGAAGGAGGCGCCCGAGAAUAUCGAGAAGGAUAUCAACGAGUUCGCGGCGACGGUGGUGAUCUGCAAUGUGUUUAUCGCGACGAAGCUGGCGACGUUCUUGCGGGCACGGGGUAGGGCGUUGGCGAGUGUAAGGCUGGUGCUGUACACCGGGGAGCCGUUCUAUGGUGAUCUGCGCGCGUUGUAUAAGGCUGCUUUCCCGGGGGCGGUGGUGCGGCCCAUGGCGUAUGCGAGUGUUGAGUGUAAGGUUGUGGGGGUGCCGGUGCCGGAGUGCAAUGAGGGGGGGGUGGGGGAUGUGGAUCCGGUGUAUCGUGUGGUGGAGGAGGCGGUCGUGCUGGAGGUUGUUGGGGAUGAUGGGCACCCGGUUCGGGAGAAUGGGGUCAGGGGCACGCUGGUCGUCACGAAUCUGCUGAAGCGGCUGCAGCCUACCAUCCGGUAUCCGAUUGGGGAUGUGGGCGAGUGGGUGGAUUUCGAGCGCGGGCUGUUCCGCCUGCGUGGACGGAGUGAUGUCGGGGUUAAGGUUGGCACGGCGCUGUUGGAUCGCGCGGUGCUGCGGCGGGUGGUGAGUGGGGUUCUUGGGGAGGGCGUGGCGGAUAGUUUUCAGACGGUGUUGCGCAGGGAGAAGGGGAGGAAUGUCGUGGUGUUUAGGGUUGCGGCGGAGAGGCCGGAGGAUGGGCUCGGGGAGAGUCUGGCGGAGAGGCUGGAGGAGGCGGUGGCAAAGGUGAGUUCGAGUUGGUCGAAGAACCGCGAGGCCGGCCAUGUGGCGCCGGUGCAGCUGGAGUGGGUGCGGUUUGAGGAGUUGGUGUUUAUCGAGGCGAGUGGCAAAUUGAGGGAGGUGGUCGAUGAGCGGUAUUAGGAUGUUGGAUGCGUUUUACCAGGAAGCUGAAAGAAAAGGGGGGUCCGGGGGUUCUCCCCCGGAAACAUUUUACUAUAGAACUUAGGGUUGAGCUUGUCCAGGAAGCUGAAAGAAGGG